CUCCCCGAGCUUUCUCUCUUGCUCCUCUUUUUCGACGGAGUGCAUUGUGCUACCGCCCCCCCCGCCCCACGAGCGAUCAUCUACCUCCUUCCCAUGGACUCUCCAGUCCUCAAUCAACUGCUUCGGCAGUUAUUUCGACAUCCCGCCUGUCAAUCCUUCAAAUCUACUCCUUCCCUCUCCGCGCGCCGACCGGGUUGCGUACGCCUGUCCCCAUCCCGUCCGCACCACCGUCAACAAUGUCGACCCUUCCUCCGGAAACUCCCCGCCAACAAGAAAGCCUCCAACGAUGGCACGAUCUGGAACGAGCGUCGCUUUAUCACCAGAGACAUCUCGGAGGAGUUGCAGAAAUACCCGAUGGUCACGGCCAAAGAACUCCGUCAUCACCGCGAGCGGCCGCGGCAGGUGAAGAUGUGGGGACGGGAGUUCAUCGAUGACAGUUUGUACAAUUUUCAAUACGGCUACUUCGCCCAACAUGCCACCAUCUUUAGCCCCGGGGAGCCCUUCAUCUUCAACGACAUCGCCGAUGGGCCCGCGUUUCACACCAUGCUACGGAAUCGUUAUACGGAGUUCGAGGACCGGUUAGACGCAGCCGAGCCCGACGUCGCCCGCCAACUGUGGCACACCCCGACGGAGCUCUUCCAACCCUACUACGGCGAGACGAUUGCUCGGUACCUGGUGUCGAACUAUAAACUGACGCUGUACCCGUACCACGAUCUGAUCAUCUACGAGAUGGGCGCCGGAAACGGCACGAUGAUGCGGAACGUGCUGGACUACAUCCGCGAGGUGGACUACGAGGUCUACCAGCGGACGAAGUACAAGAUCAUCGAGAUCUCGCCGGCGCUGGCGAGUCUGCAGCUGAAGAACCUGAUCGCGUCGGCCGAGUCGGCCGGCCACCGGGACCGCCUCGAGAUCAUCAACCGGUCGAUCUUCGACUGGAACACCUACGUGCACUCGCCGUGCUUCUUCUUGGCGCUGGAGGUGUUCGACAACUUCUCCCACGACAUCAUCCGCUACGACCUCAAGACGGAACAGCCGCAGCAGGGCGGGGUCCUGAUCGACGCGGACGGCGAGUUCCACGAAUGGUACCGCGACUACCUGGACCCGGUGGCCGCGCGGUUCCUGCGCGUGCGGCAGGCGGCUGCCCGGCGCCCGUUCCCGUCGCCCCUGGGGCCAAAGUACAUGCGGGCGCUGCGGCCGUACCUGCCGGCCGCGGGCCAGUUCUCGCAGCCGGAGUACAUCCCCACACGGCUCAUGCAGUUCUUCGACAUCCUCAACAACUAUUUCCCGGGCCACCGGCUGGUGGCGAGUGACUUCAGCUCGCUGCCGGACGCCGUGCGCGGGCUGAAUGGACCUGUGGUGCAGACUCGGUUCGAGCGGCGCACCAUUCCUGUGACGACCCCUUAUGUCCAACAAGGAUACUUCGAUAUCUUCUUCCCGACCGACUUCAAUGUGAUUGAGGACAUGUACCGGGCGAUCACCGGCAAGUUGACGCAGGUGGUGAGCCACGAAGACUUCAUGCAGCGCUGGGCGUACAUUGCAGACACGGAGACGCGGAACGGGGAGAAUCCGAUGCUGACAUGGUACAAGAACGCCAGCAUGCUGAUGACUGUUUGAGUGAGGGUUGGGGUCAACUAGGAGAUGUACGAUAGAAGAUACCAAGCAUGGCCUACUAUCUUAUCUCGGCGGUUAUGGUAUCCGGAACUCGGCAAUCUGCAGAUGAUAGAUAGCUGAAUCUAUUGAAUGAUUGGCGUGCUACAGUGGUUGAGGAUACAUUCUGACAUACUCCAGAGUAGAUAGUGAUGAUGCUGCCA